UAUUCUUUAAUUCACAAUCUUUCAAAACCAGUACUUAGAAUGUUAUAUUAUAAUCUAUCUAGUGAUACUUCAUUGGCAAAUGAUAAAAUAAGCAAAGAAAUAGAAGAAAGAUUACGUCUUAUAAUAUUAUUAAAAGAUCCUUCUAUAAUAAUUGAUUUAAGAACUAGUAAUAGAUUUCAAGGAUCAAAAUUUGACAUAUUUUGGGAUGAACUUAACAGAUAUUUUAAUGAGAUUAUUAAAUAA